GGCCUCGACGUCUGCGUGCGCAAGCCGCUCGUGGUGACGUGCGGCGUGGACAAGUCUGUGCGCGUCUGGAAUUAUAUCGACAAGACGCAGGAGCUCUGCAAGUUCUUUGGCGAGGAGGCGUACAGCGUGGCCUUCCAUCCCAGCGGCUUCCACCUGAUCGUCGGCUUCUCCGACAAGCUGCGGCUCAUGAACCUGCUGAUGGAGGACAUGCGCACGUACAAGGAGAUCCCGAUCAAGGCCUGCCGCGAGUGCCGUUUCAGCCACGGUGGCCAGUUUUUCGCCGCGGUGAACUCGAACACGAUCGCCGUCUACAAGACUUACACCUGCGAGGUGGUUUGCAACUUGCGGGGGCACCAGGGCAAGGUGAGGUCGGUGUGCUGGACGGCGGACGACUCGCGUCUUGUCUCCACGGGCGCAGACGGCGCCGCGUACGAGUUCGACAUCAUCAAGGAGGGCCGCAAGGUCUCCGACUACACGCAGAAAGGCCGCUACCGGAGCCGUCCUUGUCAUCCCACCCGUACUGAGCGGUCCUCGUUCGACAGGCCCUGUCCAGACCUCCAGGUUUAGCCCUUGGCGCAGACCUCCCAGGCGCGGCCUCCGAAGGGGCGUCUGCGCGCCCUCGGUGCUGUGGCACCCCGACGGAACGAGGCACCGACGCCCUGAGAGGGCGGGCCGGCGAGGGGGGGCGAAGGUCGGCGCACGCGUCCCGAGGAUCGUCGGCCUGCGGUGCGAGCGCCGGCAGGGCGCCAGACUGCCCGAGAGGCGUGCGAGAAGAGC